GACCUUUUACUAUGAAAACCGACGAACAAUUUUUGAAAGGAAAAUAUGAUUUUAAUGAAGGAAACGAGACAAUUCUUAAGCAAAUUCCUGGAUUUGGAUGCAUUUCUGGAGUUCCACUAGAUUAUAUGCAUCUUAUAUUGUUAGGUGUUAUGAAAAAAUUGAUUAAGAUGUGGCUAUUGGGACCUCUAAAAAUUAGGUUACACAUUAAAAAGGUAAAUACACUUUCUAAAAAACUAUUGACUUUACGGCAUAGUAUACCAAAAGAAUUCGGAAGGAAGCCAAGAUCCUUGCUGGAAUUCCGAUAUUGGAAAGCUACUGAAUUCCGUACAUUCUUAAAGUACACUGGGCCAAUAGUACUAAAAAAUAUUCUACCUGAAUUAAUGUAUGAGAACUUCAUACUUCUACAUAGUGCUGUCACAAUAUUAUGCAGUCCAAAUCUCAUUGCAGAAUCGAGAAAUAUUGAUUGUGCCCAAGAAAUGUUGGAGAAUUUUGUCACUGGUUUUCAAUCUAUAUAUGGGAAAGAGUUUGUGUCUGACAAUAUUCACAAUUUGCUCCAUAUAUGCCAGGAUGUCAAGAAAUACGGACCACUAGAUCGAUUCAGUGCAUUCAGGUUUGAAAAUCAUAUGUCCAGUAUUAAAAGAAUGAUUCGGAAAGGAGACAAACCUCUGGAGCAGAUUGCACGCAGAUAUCACGAAAAGGAGAUUGCUGGAAAGAAAUUGGCGAUUAAGGAACACUUUAUUUUAAAACAAAUACAUAACAGUGGACCCAUAACAGAGACUUGCAAUCAUGUUUGGCAGCAAUAUAAGAUUUUAGAGUGUGAUUCGUACAUUAUUGACUGCAAUGUGGAUAAAGAAAGAUGUAUUUUAUUGAAAAGCGGAACAUUUUGUAAAGUUCUAAACAUUAUAAAAUGCAACGAUAAUGAAAUUAAAUUAAUUGUAAACAAAAUUUCUUCUAUCGAUAAACUCUAUGAUCAACCGGAUUCUAGGUAUCUCAACAUUCAUAUUGGAAGCAAGGACAAUGAUUUGUUUACAACCGAUAUAAGCAAUGUCCUGCAUAAAGUUUGGAGAGUGUCAAGUUCCAGAGGAUUAAUCCUGCUCCCCCUACAACACUAACGACAACAAAUAUUUAAAAUUUCAAUUCACAAACUGAAAAGAUUCUGGAGGUGUUCAAUUUUGAAGUUUUCAAUUUUUAUUUUAAUCAAAGGCCUCGUAAAAUGAGUGAAGGAUCGUCUGCUUAAUAAAUUAAGAAUGAUUAUGACCGAUCAGCAUUAAUUGGCGUCGACUUUUUAAAUUGAUUACAAUAUUCGUAAGGAUCACAAUGUUUUCCUCUCAGUGUUGCCUUGUAAAACCAUUAUAAAUGACUCAAAAAUCUAGAUCAAAUUAAUAAAGAGAAAGGAAAACUAACACAGACCUUCGAUUCAAAGAAGAAGCAAUUUUUAUAAUCAAUAUGAAAAUCACAAAAAAAUGGAAGAAAAGUUGCAUCGAUAUCGACAACGAAACAAGGAACCAGGAAUUGAAUUGGUUUUCCAAUAUUAGUAUUAAAAUUGCACCAGCGCCAGCAAAAACUCCAACAUCCUCAACAGCUCAUAAACCUGCGUAAGGUUAAAAACUAUGAUUGGUCGAAAAGUUAGUUAGAGAAUAAUUGUUACUACAAAAAUUGGAAUUCUAAUUAUUUUCUUUACUGUGAACUUAAAAGUGCUUAUAUAAUUAUACAUUUUUAGGCAAAUGCUAAAUAAA